UUUAGACUCAUGGUAAUGGCCGUAUUUAACCAAAGAGAGGUGCAGCCUGCAUUGAUGAGAUAUCAAGGUACCAUUAACAUCAGUUAGUCUUGCUUCACACUGAGAUAUGCACGCAACCCUGUCGCCAGACCUAAAAAGACAAGGACACGGCAAACAUGCGGUCACAUUGUCUGCUAAACCUAGCCUAGCUAAAUAGAUUUUAAGCAGUAGCUAGUGUGGACAGGCUAACUCAAUGUAAGAAAGUGUUUAUGGAUUAAGUUAUACACAGUUCACAUAAAGUUACCAUAAACAGCCACUUCUUCUUCCACAUGUUGUGUUUCAUAUUAGUAAAGGUUUUUUUUCUGUAGGUGGCCAAGAUGUUGAUAAAAGUAAAACACAGAGAGACAAAGAAAUAUGUCAAAUUGGAAGAAGUCAGCUUCACAGAUUUUAUAAGUGCAGUGCAGCACAAGUUUCUCAUACCAGAAACUGCAGCACUGAAAGUCACGGAUGAGCAGGGUAUAGAGGUGGAUGAGGAUGUCUUUCCUGAACUUGCAGGAGUCAAAGAGGUGUGUUUUGUCAUCUAUACAGCUGAAGACAUCCUGGAAACAGAAUCAUCCAAGAAGCUGCGUGACUGCUCAGACCUAACACACUAUGUGACACUCACACCUUGUGAUUUGACUGUCCUGAAGCAACAUGUGGAAGAGCCCUCCUCUCCAAGUCUAACAGAUACAUUGUCUGUCUCAACCACCAGCAGUCAGGGCAGUGACACAAGUGAUGCCCGACUGGUUCAGCCUCUACUGGACAGCAUACAUGCAAGAAAUACAGUGGAGCAGAUUCUGACUUCCAAACCAGCAGGGGUGACUGUCAUCCAUGAGUAUGAAAAAACUGGGAGUUUGAAAGAUUCCACCAGGCGAUUAAUGGUGAACAUCAUUGUAGCUCACAUGCGUGAAAAGGAAGGGAGAACUGUAAGUAAAGCAACAAAGGAGUUUCAUGCGCUUGGAAUCGUGUCACUCUUCCCAUCUUUGAAGGAUCCGUACUCCAAAAAGGGAUAUGAGCAUUUCUAUGACAUUCAGAGCAACAAAGGUUUUCUUGAGUGGUGUAUCAAGACUGUGCAACGUCAAUCCAAAACCCCCACUGCAUUACAGAACAGAGUGGAACUGAAAGGAGGGCCCACAUCACGAAGAACGUUUGGUUUCACUGAUGACCAGCAAACAAGAGAUCAAUGUAUGGAAGCCAUGUCUCUUCUUCAUCACACCACUGACCAAGAUAUAGUCUUCCAGAAGAUGAGAGAGACAUUCUACUAUCUUCAGCAGAUACUCCAUGACCCACAAGAAUCAGCAAACAUUCUUCAGAUGUUUCCUCGUUUUUUGGACACUAAAGGACUGAUUUUGCAGGACUUUGCAAUGAUGUUUGGAGUAGAGACUGCUUCCAGGUUCCUGGAAAAAUGGAACACCACUUUUAAAGACAAGGUUGCCAGGGAAGCCAGAGACCUUAAAGAGACUUGUCUUCUGAAAAGAUUGCUGAAAUCUGCCUUGAACGAAGAAAUGGAUGAUGCUGAUGAGCCAGGACAGCGACAUGGCUUCUCUUCUUGUUCUGCUGCACCUUCUCACGCCACAACCAGCUGGAAGGAAACGGCCAAAGAAGAUGAGUGUUGGAGAGGCAAUAGAUCAUCUGGUUAAAUUUCACAAGUCCUGCCAGAGCCUUGAGGAUCACCUCAUGAACAAUGAAGGAAACCCUCAGCCAUAUCUCCUGGCCACAGGGACUUCAAAAGCACAGGUUUUCAGCUUCUACAUAGUCUUGGAUCGAAAGCUUCUUCCAUGUCAGUCAUGCACAUCACUGGGUGCAUUUGAUGAGCUGUUCAAGUGUCACUUCGUUUUCAGUGUGAAAUAUGAAGACGCUUUGUCCAGCCUGUACACAUUUUUGCAGACCACUGUGUACAAUAUUGAUGUAGGCACAACAGUGGAAAGUCCAAGAGUCAAAGAGUUGCGAGCAAAGCUGUUGAAUAAGUAGUAACCAGGUUAUGCAUUCAAAAUGCUGGCCUGUUUUCUCUGUGCUUUAUCCUUUGGUACAGCUUUACUUUUGUUCAGACAUUUAAAACUAGUUCAUGGAAUGUAUCCUGGCAAAAAUUUGAAACUAAAAUGUGGUCAGAUAGGAUGUUGUUUACAAUUCUCAAGUUAUUCUGGAUUUAGAAGACAUCUGAAUAAGAUACAUGCUACUGUUAGCACAUGUGUUCCUCAUGAGACCCCUUCUGACCAUGAUACCCAACAGCUUAGUAGUUCUCAGUGCUUAAAUGAUGAAACACCAUCUACAUCAUCUCAGUGCCAAAAUUCUGAAGCAGGCCCUUCAUUCUCAAAUCAGAGCAAGGACAUGUGUGCCUCCAUUAUUGCCAGACUUUUAGGAAGUGGUGUACCAAAUACUGUAGUUCUUUCUACAGUUCAGAACUUAGAGGAAUUUGUGGGAGAUUGGCAAUCUAAUAUUCAGGAACAAUUAUUGACCUUAUUACCGAAUGACAGUCCCUCCAGAUCAGCCAUAGCAGAUUUAUUUAAAAAUUUGGACAAUCCUUUUAGUCACUUGAAUUCUGAAAGCAAAUGUAAAAAAUAUUUUAGAGAAAAGUGGGAAAUGGUACAGCCAGUUGAAUUGCACUUAGGAGUAAGAUACGAUACUAGACGAUGUAGCAAAACUGGAACCUAUGAGCAAGUCCCAGUAAAUGACAAAUUCAUAUAUAUUCCCAUAUUGAAAACACUCCAGUUCAUUUUUAAGAAUGAAAGUAUUUGUGAGAUGAUGCAAAUAUGCACCCAGUCUGACACAUAUCAGGACUUCUGUGAUGGAAGCUACUUCAAAAGUCAUCCUUUGAUUUCAGGUAGUAAGUUUGCUAUCCAAGUCCAAUUGUACUAUGACGAAUUUGAGUGUGCAAAUCCUUUAGGUUCAAAAAAGGGUAUACACAAAGUUGGCUGCCUUUACUUCAUCCUUAGAAAUCUUCCUCCCAGUCUGAAUUCGGCUUUAAUGAACAUUCAUCUGGUAUCAUUAUUUUAUGCACAAGAUGCAAAAAGAUAUGGAAUUGAUGAAAUCCUGAAGCCCUUAGUAAAGGACCUGAAAAUAUUAGAGACGAGUGGGAUUGCUGUUCCAUUUGCUAAAUUUCCUGUAUUUGGUACUCUGGCACAAAUUACAGGUGAUAACUUGGGGAUGCAUAGCAUUCUUGGGUUUUUGGAAUCGUUUAGAGCUAAUUAUUUUUGUAGAUUUUGCUUGAUUGAUCAGUCUUCAGCUCAAUCAGUUUUCUCAGAGGACGACCCAUGUUUAACUCUUAGAUCACCAAUUCUGAAUAACCAACAUUAUAAUAAUUUGGUAGAUGAUCAAACAUUAACAUCUUCAUUCGGCAUAAAAAGAAAGAGUAUACUUAAUUCAUUAAAAUAUUUCAAUAUUGCGGAAAAUUUUGCCAUUGACAUCAUGCAUGAUAUUUUGGAAGGGGUUGGUCAAUAUGAAGUCAAGUUGCUAUUUCAAUAUUUAAUUGAAUACUUUAUCUCUAAAGAUAGCUUGUUAAAUAGGAUAUAUGCUUUUAAUUACGGCUAUAUGGAAAAGAAAAUUAAACCAACAAAUAUUAACCUGGAUCGUGCAGGGCAUGGAAUAGGUUUAAAUGCAUCACAAACACUUUGUUUGAUCACAAACAUACCUCUGAUAUUUGGUGACCUGGUACCGGAGGAUGAUUUGCACUGGCAUUUGUUGCUUUUGUUGUUGCACAUUCUUUUCUCAUACUCUAUCACUGAAGGAAUGACUGUGUAUUUAAAGCACCUGAUUAUUGAAGACCAUAGACUCUUUAAGGAACUAUACCCAUCAAACAACUUAAUUCCAAAACAUCAUUUCAUGGUCCACUAUCCAAGGUGCAUUUGAAAGAUUGGUCCUCUCAUUCAUAUCUGGACCAUGAGAUUUGAAGCCAAACACAAAUUUUUCAAAGACUGUGUUAAGAACUUUAAGAAUUUGACUGUAUCACUUGCAAGGAAACAUCAGUUUGCAUUAGCUUAUCAUUGGGAAUGUAUGAGUUUAAAAGCAGUUGAGUCUGGUCCAGUUAAAAUGUGUUCACUUGAAACACAAGAAUACUCAGAACUUAUAUCUCCAUAUCUUCAUGUUGAUUUACAGAACACUGUCAAACUCACAAACUGGGUAAAGUGUAGUGGAGUUGAAUAUCGUGUUGGGCUUUUUGUUUGCACAGGCACUUAUAAAAAACAUGCCGGUUUUCAGCAAGAUAACAAGCUGUUUUUGUUAUGGUUGAGCAUGAAACGUGUUUCCAUGAUCAUUUUCAUGCUUUUCAGGUAAAUGAAACCAUUCCUAAGAAGAUAUUGGUCCUAGAAAGGGAGAAAUUAAGACAUUUCAAAUGUUUUGAUGCCCAAAUGUCAUAUGGGUGUGAUUCACAAUUGUAUGUUGUGUCAGAGAGUUGCAUUAUUUAAUUUGUUGGCUUAAUGGAGACCUUUUAAUGGAGUUUUUUUUUCUUUUCCCCAAUGUUAGGCCUAUCUGACCACACAAUGUCUCAACUGUUUAGCUGCCAUAAUUAUUGCUGUUUUAAUGUUGAAUGUUACAGUGCUGUUACACAGAA